UUCCUUCUAUCAACUCUUGGUCGAAUAUUAUUUUAUUAGUCAAAUAUUAUUUUGAUAUAGAAUAUAACCUCGAUUAUACAUCACAUACAUACAUUAUCGGAACGUUCAAUCAUCAGAAUGUUGUAUAAUUUUCCAUAGUGUACCUCAUAUACAUAUAUACGUAUAUAGCUAUAUAGGUAUAUAAUCCAUAUAGUAUUUGUUUCCCCCUAUUAAGAUUGUCGACGAUUGUAACUGUUGAAGUAAAAUCUCGUCACAACAUUUCAGUGCGGUAUUUACAUUUGAAACGUUACAAACAAUAAUGGCUCCAACACGAAAACGGUUACGGUUGACAGUUGAGAAAAAAUAUGAAAUCCUUCAGAUGAUAGACAAAGGUGAGUCUCAUAGAUCCAUAGCAAAAAAGUAUGGAAUUGGACGUGCCACCGCGUCCACUAUAAGAUCAAGACGAGAAGAGAUAAUAAAAUUAUUUGAGACCAACUCAGCAGCUACUAGCCGUUACACAACAGUAUUAGAAGUGGGAUGCUCUGUUGCGAAUUUCCACAGAGCUCUUCACCAGUGGUACACACAAUGUACAAAAAAAAACAUAAAUGUAACAAAUGCAAUGUUAAAGGAUAAAGCUCGGGAAUUGAAUGCACAAUUUCGCACAAAUCAUAGUUUUAAAGGCAGUCUCCGUUGGGUGACAAGAUUUAAAGAACGUUCUAAUUUCCGUAAAGAGGAUAUCAGUAAAGAUUUAGGAAAUCAAUAUGAAGCGGAUAUCUUCAAAGCUGAGAUUAGAAAACUUCUGCAAGACGGGGAGUACACAUUGGAUAAUGUUUACAAUGCCGACUGCGCAGCACUAAUGUGGAAAGCAGUACCAGAAAAAACUCUGCUCUUUGAGAAAUCGCAAUCAAGGAGAAGAAUGGGCGAAGGACAAGUUACUACAUUUCUCUGUGCAAAUGCUACCGGAUGUCAUAAGCUGCCGGUACUAAUAAUCGCCACGAUUGAGCAUUUUCCAUCUUUCAAUAGUUUUCACACAAGUGAUCCAUCAAUUAUGAACAAAACUAACACCAAGCCUUUCAUGGACAGUAACAUACUCAAUGAAUGGUUCAAUAAAUGUUUCUUAAAAUUAGUUACAGAAAGACAACAGAAAAACGAACACAGAGAGAAAACUCUGUUGUUGUUACAUAACGGUGGCUUGGAUCGCGAAAACAGGAUAAUAAGUACAAAAGAUGAAUUUGUUAAAAUCAUGUACUAUUCGUAUGAGGCUGCACCAUUCAUACAACCAAUGGAUCGUAGAAUAAUAGCAUGUUUCAAGCGAAUGUACAGAAACGAAUUGCUAGAAUCAUUAAUGCCAACAUCUAACAGCGUUUCAGAGGAAGAACUUAUACACAUCUAUUCCCAAUUAAAUAUAGACGAUUGCUGUCGUAUGGUACAUAAUGCUUGGUCAAAAAUCAAGAGUCCAAUACUGAAAAACGCGUGGGACAAGCUUUUGAAAGAUGAAAGCGAACAGAGUUCGGAAGACCCCGAAAUAAUAAAAAAAGACAUAGACGAAGCUCUUACUAAACUGAACAAAAUACCAGGAUGCGGAGGGUGCGACAGUAUCGCUGUGAUGAACUGGUUUGAAACUGAUAAGGAACAUAAUACCGACACACAAGAUGAUAUCCAGGAAACUCUUCUAGAUUUUAUAAACGCAGCUAUGGAUACAGAAGCGAACAAACUUACUGACGAGAACUUUCGAGAUAUACUUGAUGAUAGCUCUCCAUAAAAGGCCUAGAUGA